AUGGCUCCACUCGGCUUCCUCAAUGCUGCCGACAAUGUCUACAAGUUUGAGCCGGAUAAAGACAUCCCAGAUCUCGCAGGGAAGGUGAUCGUCGUGACCGGGGGGAAUAGUGGCUGUGGGAAGGAAAUGGUCCUGCAACUGGCGAAGCAUCUCCCGCAGCGGAUAUACCUGGCUGCUCGAUCGCAAGCCAAGUAUGACGAGGCCAUGAAGGAUAUCUCGAGGGCGGCACCCAGCGCGACUGUCACAUUUCUGCAAUUGGACCUGUCUUCAUUGGCGUCUGUCAAGAGAGCCGCAGACCAAGUCCUCGCGGAAUCCGACAGGCUCGACAUCCUCGCCAACAACGCCGGCAUCAUGGCGCAUCCACACGGCCUCACGGAGGAUGGCUACGAGAUCCAAUUCGGCACCAACCACAUGGGCCACGCUCUGUUGACCCGUCUCCUCCUGCCGCUUAUGCAACGGACGGCAUCGAAGCCAGGAUCGGACGUGCGCAUCAUCAAUCUCUCGUCCAGUGGGCACGCGAUGGCGUGGGGCGCGGGAAUCUAUUUCGAUCACCUGAAAUCGACCGCGGAAUCUUACCACCCCACAAGACUCUACGGGCAGUCGAAGCUGGCCAAUAUCUUGCACGUGAGAGAGCUUGCGAGGCGGUACCCCGAGAUCCUCUCAGUGGCAGUCCAUCCCGGCCGCGUCGAGACGAAUCUGGCCAACGUCGUACUCGACCAGAACAGUUUCAACAGCCGGUUCAUGAGACUCUUUGACUUCCUGGCGGGUCCGAUGACCGUACAGCAAGGCACGUUGACACAGCUCUGGGCCGCCACCUGGAAGAGGCAGGAGGUCAAAAACGGCGCGUAUUACACUCCCAUCGGGAAGGAGAACUGCGGGUCCAAGCAGACUCGGGACACAGAACUGGCGAAGAAAUUGUGGGAGUGGACCGAGUCUGAGCUGGCGGCAAAGGGAUAUUAA